CUCGUGUUUCAUCUCGUUGUUCGGGCUUAGGCUGACAUGUGAAGGGCUGUGCACAUUGCUUCUUUGUUGUCUUUGUGACCACACCUUAUGAAGUCUGCCCUCUCUGUCAGCCAAGUCAGCAUUUGUGAGAAGUAUAACAGUACAUGUCUGGUUCGGCUUCAUGAUGUCUAUCACAUGCACUCGUAUCUGUGUCCUUCACUGUGCUUCGUAUUGUACGUGGUGAGUGAUGGGGUUGGUCGUACUCACUCAUGUACACAGGAAGGUAAUAAUCGAUAGAACAGCAUAGAAUCGUCUGCUGCUCCUACUCACUUUCGCUUACAGGAAUACACCCACUCUCUUGGAUCACAAUCAAAGCAAGAGGAUUUUAACUCAUGUGCCCCACUAUGCUAGGCCUCGUAUGGCUCGUCAUCUUCGCGACCAUGGUUCUGACCCUCCCUCUGGCCCCUCGCUACUCCACAUACGGGGCAACGCUCCACGAACGGUCCAAUAGCAGCUCGACGCAUCUUGUUCGUCGCCUGGACCCUGACGCAUGCCCGGGGAACAAGAACCACUUCCCUAAUUUCUCAGAGUGGGAACGAGGAAUGAGCCAAUUCUGCGACAAUCAUGGCGAGCAAAAGGUUUACUGGGACAAGCCACUCGUUAUGACGCUCACCCUAAACGGUCACGACGGCAAGCCAAUAGAAUGGGUCUUCAGAAUUGCAGUCGACAAUGGUAAUGCUCCUCCAGUUGGUGGAUUUCCGACUACCGGCCAGCUUAAGUGGAGCUAUUACCCCAGUGCCAGGCUUUGCAAGGAGAAGUUUAUGGGGUUUACCAAGGAUAAGGGUGGGGGAAUGAGAAAGGUUUACUGUAAAUGGGAUAACGACAAAGGGGAUAUUCGUGAUCACCUCAUGCUGGGGGGCAGAUACAGCGAAAAGCUCAACCCGAAGUAUUGGGCGACGGUGACGUGGGAAACACGGCCAAAGAGGGGACAACCAGGUGUGGAUCGAGGCUGGUGAUGGAGAAGGUGAAACAAGGUGGUUGAGAUGGAGGUGUCAAAGUUGUAUUUUCUUUUGCAAAUAAUCUUUCUUCACAUCAAAUUCGAGCUCUGUCGUGUGUACAGACCGGUGGUCGUUGGAAGGAGCCAAUCAUGCACUCGCUAAUGUCUGUUUUCUCUGGUUCUCAACAUCCGACUACGGAAACUUGACGACACCAACAACUAAGGUGAUUGGGAUUAUC